UUGCACACACCCGCUGUGGGCGAAUUCCAAAAGUUGCGCGAGGUCGAGUUAAAAACGUUGCAAUCCUAAUAAAUGUACACGUGCAAUGAUAAUGCUUUGCGCAGAUAGCAGCAUCAUAAGAAAUACAUGAUAUGUGCGGCACAUUUCUUGUGCCUGGAGUUUCAUUUAUUGCCUCUUGUAUGUUUCUGCAAGCUGCAGCGAGUCCUUGACUGUUAAACAGUUACAAGCCAGAAACAAUGCUGUGCAAAUAUAAAAACAACAUCCAUCUCUGUAUGUUCAUAGUGCUGCUCUUUCAGCUGUUUUCCAGGACUGCAGCACAGUCAUGUGCCAGGAGCUGUGGGGAGAAGUUUAACUCAUGCUCCUGUCAUGCAACAUGUGAAUCUCUGAAGGACUGCUGUGCAGAUUAUAAACUGUUUUGCCUUGACAUUCAACCACACUCUGGCUCUUUGCUGGGAGGCACAGACUUUAAAAUCCUCAAUGCUACAUUUGAUCAGAGCAUUAACCUCACUUGCAGGUUUCAUUCAGAGAUUUUGACAGAGGGCUAUGUGGAUGAGAGCGGAGUGGGCCACUGUAUCACUCCGCUGCUCUACGAGUCGGGCUGGAUCCCUUUUGAGGUGUCUACAGAUGGAGUUAACUAUUACAGAUCAGGGCGCUGGCUCUCAGUCCACCACAGUAAGCUGAGUCCUUUUUACAAGAUCAUUUUUGACAAUGCCACAAAGUGGCAGUACUAUGGCACUCCUAACGUCAGCGGAGAUUUAAAGAUGAUAUGGAUCCCAUCUCUAAUAAAAGCAGAGAGAGUCAACAUUGAGCUGUGGGGUUACAAUGAGACUGGAGAGGCAUAUUCUGCAAACUGGGAGGCUGAGUGGAAGUAUUUGUACACCGUGGGCAGAGAUGUACCCAACAGUGGAGUUUUCAGUUUCACCCCACAAAUCGCAGAACAUUCAUAUUCCCUUUGGGACCUAGGGAGCAUGCGGGUCAGUCCCAGCACUAAACCAGACGGAGCCCGAGAUGUUAACUCACUGUGGAGUGGAGCGCAUGCGAUCGCGUGGCAUCUAGAGGAGGCGUUCAGGAAGGACUCUGCAGGCUGGGCCCUGGAGAAGUGUAUCAAUUGGGAUAAAGAAGAGAAAGCAAUGCCCAAUUUCCUUACAGAGAUCACCGACUGCCCGUGCACACUGGCCCAGGCCCGUGCAGACACCGGAAGAUUUCAUACUGAUUAUGGCUGUGAUAUCGAGGCAGGUAGUUUUUGCAUUUACCAUCCAGGUGCAGUUCACUGCGUCAGAGCCAUACAGGGCAGUCCUGAGUAUGGUGCCGGUCAGCAGUGUUGCUAUGACAGCACUGGAGCUCAGGUGCUCACAGGAGACUCCAUUGGUGGCAGCACCCCAGAUCGAGGGCACGACUGGGGGGAGCCGCCAUACAAGAAACCCCCCAGAGUUCCAGGAUUCUCUCACUGGAAGUAUGAUGUCAUCAGUUUCUACUACUGCUGCCUGUGGUCAGACAACUGCAAAUACUACUUCACUCACCGCCCGUCCAGUGACUGCAGAACAUAUCGUCCUCCUAGAGCAGCUGCUGUGCUUGGUGACCCACACUUCAUGACCUUCGAUGGUGUGACUUUCACCUUCAAUGGGAAAGGAGAGUACAGUCUGGUUCACUCUUCAGACUAUGAGCUGUCUGUGCAAGGCAGGACUGAACCGAUGAAAUUUGAGAAUGGUACUGUUGCUAUGGCAACGCGACUCAGUUCGGUGGCCCUGAGGGAGAAAGACUCUGAUGUCAUCGAGGUGCGUCUCAGAGACCAGGUAGAUGAGCUCCAAGUCUUAAUGAACCAACAGGUGCUUCCCUUCUCUGAGCAAAAAUGGAUCGACCUUAAGGGUGUUUUUGUUUUUUCCCCUAAACCUACUGAUGUGACGGUGAUGUUUCCGUCUGGGACAGGGGUAGAGGUCAGGGCAGGUGGAGGGGUCAUGACCCUUACCGUCCUACUGCCGCAUGACUUACAGAACCACACACAGGGGCUGCUCGGUACAAUGAAUGACGAGCCUGAAGAUGAUUUCACCUCUAGUAAUGGCCUGAUCAUCCCUCUCAAUAGCAGUGCACGGGAUAUAUUCAUUUAUUGUGCUGGCUGGGCCAUUACGAAUGAGUCUUCACUGUUUACUUAUGACUCAACCCACCUCCUGAAUGAAUAUUACUAUGCCCCAAAGCACGAUCCAUCUUUCAUCCCAAACUUUUCCGUGACUGAAGACCCAGAGGAUCCCCUGCUGGAGCCAACGCUGAACCUAUGUGUCGGAGAGGGGGCUUCAUUCUGUAAAUAUGACGCACUAAGCAUGCGCAGUCUGGAACAAGGCAAUGCCACACUGCUGGCCUACCGGAGUCAUACGUCCACCAAGAAAGCUCUGGAGCCUGUGCAAUCCUGUGGUUGGUUGUCACCACCUAAUCACGGUCAGAAGGAAGGAACCUUGUACCUGGAGGGGGCAACAGUCACGUUCUCGUGUAACAGUGGAUACCGUCUCUAUGGGUCCCAAGAACGCACCUGUCAAGACGACGGCAGAUGGUCUGGACAGGAUACGCAAUGUGUGGCUGAUAAUACGUUAGCCAUUGUCCUGGGGAGUGUUGGUGCAGUGUUGGCGCUGGCUGUCAUGGUGAUAGCAAUCGUUGUGUACACAAAGAAACAAAAGAAAGAAUCGAUGAAACAUCAGGACGACAAGGUGACUUAUCAGCAGCAUGGAUCACAUCUUUGAUAUUCAUCAGAGGCAUCAUGUGCGCAUUCUUAUACAGAUGUAAAAAGAUUUUAAUAUGUUUUAAGGAUACUGAAAAAGAAACACAAAUGUCAGGGCAUUUUAAAACUUCUCCAUGACCCCAAAACACCCUCAGACCCCAGAGCGUUAACAGUAUUAGACUAUAUUUAAAUCUGUGUUUCUAAUUUAAUGUUCUUUGUUUGAACUGUAUUGUCCGUGGACAGAAGUUUAGUGUGUUUCUGUCAGUCUGCUAAUAUUGUAAAAAAUCUGAUUAUGAGAUUAGGUUAAUGGCUGCUUCUAGAAUUAUCCACCGGGGUAAGGCUGCACCAGCCAUUUGUAAGUUCUUACUUAAAUUAGAACGUUAAUUCCACACUAGAGGUUUCGUAACCACUAGCUAGUUGCUCCGUAAAGUUAUGCGAAGUCAUAUAAUAUGAUGUUUAACCUAACUCAUCCUAUAUAAACCUUCAAAUACACAAGCAGAACUUGUUUAAAUAUACAUUUUAAUUUAUCCUUCAUUCUAACUUCUUUUGUCUCAUGUAUACUAACGGUAAAAACAAGUUUAAAUAAAAAAUGAUACAAUAAUUACAUUAGUCUAUGUAAAUAACAUUCAGAAACUUUAAUUGAAUUCAAUAAGGAUCAAUAAAUACUGAAAGAAAAGAAAAACACAAGAAAUGCCAUUUAUUUAUAAUUUCAUCUCAAAUGCAACACGGACCAAUGCGCACAGAGCCGCGCUGUAGAUGGGUUGUUGAACAUUCGCUAAAAAAUAAACUAAGUAAGUUUUUUCACAUGGGCCUAAUUGUUGUCUUAGUACGUGAGCGUAAAUGUCAGCAGCGUCACAUAUGCCUAAAGGAUUGCAGGUUGUCGUCUAAAAGAAGAGCAUAUUGAUGCAUUUCAUUCUAACCAUUACUCCUAACCAGACGCUUCCUUAAAUAUUUAGUUUAUACAUAGUUACACUUUAAUUAAGUGUAAUGGUGCAACAAAAAAAUAUUUAGCAGUGUGUAAAUUGUAACUUAGUGCCCAUUUACGUCAAAACAUCGCUAAAUUGUAACUUACGUACAGCUGGUGCAACCGGCCCCUGGUAUGUAAUGCUAACUUACUGUACACUGCUAGUUAUGCCUUUUAAGUUGAUUCUAGAUUUGUGUUGUCUAGCUAUGUGCCACAAUUUUGAGACUCCAGCAUGUCCUUAGGACAGUAAACAAUAGAUCUGUUCCAAAACCUAUUCAGCUGCCCAUUUUAAGGCAUCAAGGAGCUUCUGAAAAGGUAUGAUUCACAAUGAUGCCACCUUCUAAAAUACUCAAAUAUCACAGUUAAUUCACUGUAUUUAGUUAAGAUGAAAGAAAAUUGUUUAGCCAAAAUGUAUUUCAAAUACAGUAUAUGCUUAAUAUGUGUUGUAGAACUGCACUAUAAAAAAAAUAAAAUAAAAAGGUAUAAAAUCAGUAAAUCAAGUCAGCAUGUUUUUCCAUUACUUUAACUCAUCCAAUUAAUUUAAUAGAGGCAGUUUAAUAUAAUUUAAGUUGAACUGACUCGCACAGCCAAUUUGAUUACACUUAAAAUGUUAUGUUACAGUUUAACACAAUUUAAAGUCUGCAGAUUCGACGGAGACUCCUGAAAUUCUAUAAUGGUUAGAAUACUGUUUAGAGGGCAGUUGCCUUAUAGUAGACCAAAAUCAAGGCAGCUCACUACUGGAACAGAGCACAUGUGUGAGUUUGCAGUUCUUCAUACUCCUGUAUCAGCCUUUUUUUUACAUCUUUUUGUCUACUAAGUUUGAUUUUGAAAUAAAGCCUCAAACGGUG